CAAUUAGCUGGUCCAGUUCUCAAGAUACUCCCCCAAAAACUGUCAACAUCACAAUGUCCGGACCGGUCCCCAUCGCCAACUCGCUCGAGGACAUCUACACCCGUGAUGCCCUUGACACGCAAACAAAACGAUGGAACAACCUUCUCUCCAAGUUUGAGUCCACCUACGGCCACCAGCCCGAGUUCGUAUCUCGCUCUCCGGGCCGAGUGAACAUCAUCGGCGAACACAUCGACUACUCUUUGUACUCUGUGCUUCCUAUGGCCAUCACUGCCGACACCAUCAUUGCCGUCUCAACACACCUACCAGCUCCCAAGGAAGGAACCUUUAGGAUCCAGAUCGCCAACGUGCAGGACUCCAAGUUCAAGUCGCGCGAGUUCGACAUUCUCUAUGAUUCCGUCGACAUCGACGCCACCGUUCACGAAUGGACCAACUACUUCAAGUCGGGCCUACGCGGGGCUUUGGAGCUGUUGCGCAAGAAGCACGGGGCCGACUUCAAACCCAAGAGCAUGCAGAUUCUCAUGGACGGCACCGUCCCGGCUGGUGGAGGACUCAGUUCAAGUGCUGCUUUUGUCACGGCUAGUGCUUUGGCUGUCAUGGCGGCCAAUGGCGAGCAGACGGUUGACAAGAAGGAGUUGACGGAGCUGGCUAUUGUCAGUGAGAGAGCCGUUGGUGUGAACUCUGGAGGAAUGGAUCAAUCCGCCUCCGUCUUCUCCGAGCGUGGUUCCGCCCUGUUCGUCUCCUUCACGCCCACCCUCCUCGCCCGCCCCGUCUCCUUUCCACCCACCACCCCCGAACUCACCUUCCUGAUCGCCCAAUCCUUCGUCACAGCCGACAAGUUCGUCACCGGUCCAAUCCACUACAACCUCCGCGUCGUCGAAUGCACGCUCGCAGCCGCCUACCUCAACGCCGUGCUCAACCCUCCUGGCACCUUAUUGCCCGGCGACGCCUCUCCCCUGGGCAUUUCCCUUCACGGGUUCCACGAAACCUAUUUCGCCCUCUCCGAGCAUAACUCGGGCGCAACCUCGAGCAAAUCCAUUACUGAACAGCUCGAACACCUGCUCGAGCUAACCAAACAAACCCUCACCAAGGAAGAGGGCUACACCCGCUCCGAAAUCGCCGCCGUCCUUGGCCUGCCCUCCACCUCUGAACUAGACCAGAAAUUCACCUCCCGUUUCCCCGUGCGCGCCGAGCGUUUCAAGCUGCGCCAACGAGCGAUCCACGUCUUCAGCGAAGCGUUGCGGGUGCUCAAGCUCAUGGACCUUCUUGAAACUUCCUCUUCUUCGUCAUCAUCAUCAUCAUCAUCAUCAUCAUCAACUACAAGUACAGCAGAGGACCUCAACAGCCGCCUAGGUGCCCUGCUCAACGAGACGCAGGAUUCGUGUCGUGAGGUGUACGAGUGCUCAUGCGAGGAGAUUGAUCGGAUUUGCGCGAUUGCUCGGCAGGCGGGCAGCUACGGGAGUCGGUUGACGGGUGCGGGAUGGGGUGGAUGUAGCGUGCAUUUGGUGCCGGCGGACAAGGUGAACAAUGUCAAGGAGGCACUAGAGAGGGAGUAUUAUAGCAAGUUGGAGUUGACGGAGGAGCAGAGGGAGGGGGCAGUGGUGGUUAGUAAGCCGGGGUCUGGAAGUGCGCUUUAUUUGGGUGGGAAGGAAGGGUUGGCUUGACGGAUGCUGAAUAGAGGUUUGUGAUUACUUAUGAAUCCUGUGGUUGAGUUAGCAUGCAUGAUACAAAGGGGAAAAACCAAGAGUUCAAUAUACACUGACGGGUAGAAAAAGUGUUGAAAAGGCUGUGUUAUUCAUCC